GAGUGUUUCUUUUUCGCAAAGGCUGUUGGGAUUGUGAAAUAUCUACGGAAGUUGUUUGACACACGCGGUGCAGUGUGGGACGGCGGAGGAUUGUGAGGACUCAACCGAUCGGAUCGAGAGAGAUGGACGUAUUUCUUAUGAUCCGGCGUCUCAAGACGACUAUCUUUACGGAUGCCAAGGAGUCGACCACUGUCUAUGAGUUGAAACGCAUUGUGGAGGGCAUCCUUAAGAGGGCGCCAGACGAGCAGAGGCUUUACAAGGAUGACCAGUUGCUUGAGGACAGUAAGACGCUUGGAGACUGUGGCUUCACCAGCCAGACGGCCCGGCCCCAGGCCCCGGCCACCGUGGGACUGGCCUUCCGCAUUAACGAGGACGCAUUCGAGCAGCUGCGUGUGGAGCCCUUCUCCAGCCCUCCGGAGCUCCCCGACGUCAUGAAGCCCCAGGACUCCGGCAGCACAGCUAACGAGCAGGCUGUGCAGUGAGCAGGCAGGGGUGGGGUGGGGUGGGGUCGGGUGGGGUGGGAAAGAGUUCUGGGUAAGGGAAAGUGGCUGUUCGAUAGUUGAUAGAGGAGGGUUCCUGGGGGGGUGGGAACAUGCACGGGGAUGUGAACCCCUGUGAUUAUUUUCCUCCUAAUCACUCCCUCUUGGCCCACAUGCUGUCCCAUAAUUGGACCCCUCUCCUGACAGGGGGGACAGGUUCACACUCGGACAUAUUUCUGAUCAGAACUUUGGCCUUGCUGCCUGCAGGCAUGUGGGGUACGGGUAUACAACACAAAACCUUAUGUUUUAUUUAUGCUCAUUUCAGGGGACGGGACGUAAUGCAUUGUGCUUAUCUAGGCCAUGGUGUGUAAAAAUGUACCUAUUCCCCUAUCACAGAUUGCAGUUGCGUUACUGUGUGUUACAUAGUGAUUAUUAAUAUUAAUAUUAUUUGGGAUUGUAAGGAUUUUAUGGGGAAGAGAGACAGGGGAGAGGAAGGGGCUGCAGGGUUUGGCUAGGCUAGGGUCAGUGAAGUGGAAACUGAAAAUAAACUCUCUGGAUGCUACAACCUCAAGUGUGCAGUGGAGCGUAGAAACUGACACCAGAACCCAGACAUUGAAGUGUAAAACAAAAACAUUUUUCUCUUUUUAAAACAAAAUUUCCUAAUUUCCUCGCCUUGGUUUCCCGCCCUGGUCCUGGAGUUCUGCUUGAAUUUGGCUCUCAGUUGAAAUCUCAGUGAUCUUAGCAUUUCUUUUCUUACUUUUUAAAAAUGGGAGUUUUAAGUAUUUUGCCUUACAGAUGACCUUACAUGAGUCCAUAUUAAACUGGACAGUGUUUUGCGUGAUAACCAAAGGCAGAGUUUAGGCAGAACUUGUGUUCCAUGUACAAGACGAGACUUGAUGACCUUAUGCAACUUGCUCAGUUUGUUGAACUCCCAGCUCCCAGGUUGGGAGACUGCUUGGCGUCCCUGCUGCAUGUUUGACGCUGACUGACGUGGACCCGCCUCUAAUCACACUGAACCGUGGCCUUCGGGACACUCCCCUCUGUACUCAUGGUAGAAAUGCCAUGUGGUAAAUCUCGUUCCAAAAAAACAAAACAAAUGAUACAUGUAACUAUCUUAAGUUGAAUAAAGAUGGCCUUUUGUUUUUCA